UGUUGACGUUGUUGUUGUUGUUGCGGCGUAAUGAGUUUUGUUCGAAAAUUUAAAACAGAUGUUUAGUUGUUCUAAACGCCUUGAUCAGUUUUUUAGCGAACGGCCGACCGACGCAACAAUGCGUUGUUUCUCUCUAGUGGUCCAUCGAAUGAUUGUCUUCCGCCGGGUCAUACGGAAAAUAUAAAUCGAAUAAAUGUAAUCAAUUGUGUGGAGUAACAAGUCAUCAUCAUCUUCUAAUGAAAAUGAUAAAAUUAGUGGAAAGAGGAUUGAAAAAUAAUGAUUGAAAAAGAAAUGCGUUAGAAGUUUUAUCUGGAAAUUGUAUUCGUUGAGAAAUUGAAAAAGUGAAAUAAAAUCUCAUUAAUACAGUUGUGAUUGAAAGUGAGAGUGAAAAGUGUUAAUGCUGAUGCUGAACGUCAUCUGAGAGAGAUAAUAACAAAAGUAAUAUUUUCGCUAACGGGAACGCGAAUAGAACGAAAAAAAGUAAAAAACACAAACAGACACAGCAACAACAUCAACAAAACUACGUCAAAAUAAACGAAUACCAAAAGCAACAACAAAAACGUGUAGAAAAAAAUACGCGAAAAUUUACGCCAGCCAUACGAAGCGAAUAAAGGAACCACGAAAUGUUAGUGAUUUGAAUUGAAACGAGAGAAAAAAGUGGAAUCCAAAAAAAAAUGGUUUUUGGUGAAAAUGUGAAAAGUCAACAAAUAAAGGAAGUUUAAAGAGGAAAAAAGUGAAUGCGAAAAAAAUCGCCAAAAGACGACCUAAAUUUUGCAAGAAUUAAAAUUAAAUAAGAACAACAAUAACAAUUAAAGAGCCAAAAGAAGGAGAAACAAGAAACGCCUUAAGAUGCAGUCAUCAACGGCAUCAGUGGCCUCCUCCUCUUCCUCCUCCGCAAAAACAUCGAGCAGCAGUAAAUCAUCCGGCCUCCACAACAGCAACAGCACCAAGUUAAUGCAACCCAGCAAACCAGGUGUUGGGAAAACAAAAACAACACCCCAUGUCACCAAUGUGCCCAUCAUGCUCAACAAUGGAUCCACAAUAACGGGUGGUGGCGGCAUUGGAGGUGGAAGAGAUCUACAAACUUCUCUGGAAAUUGAGGAAAUUUCCAAGAAAAUUUCCGAACAUGCCGAUGCCUUGUAUCGCACCUGGAAAAGCCAUGGCAUUGCCCCCACCGAAAUCUUGGAUAUUUAUACAGCUGAGGCUGCAGCGGCCACCGGCUCCAUAACAGAGGAUGUCAAGAGCACCGAGGGUCUACACAAAUUGGUCAACUCUUUUGUCAUCAAAGACAAGGAGCAGAGGGGAGUUAAGAGCCCGGCUGGCAAGGUGAUGGGCAGCAGUCCAUUGGCUGGAGGGGUAGGGAAGACAACAUCUUCCACAAAUAAGGGGGAGGGAAAAUUAAGUAGCACACAAACGAAACGGCAACGUUCCCCCUCACCCUCUGCCAAGCAAAACAUAAAUAAUAGUUCCUCCUCCACCUCCCCUUCCCUUACCACCUCCAAGGCGGCCAGCACAAAUAGUUUGGAUAAAUCUGCCGACAGUUUAAAUUUAAAAAAAUCAACAGCUGUCACCACACCCCAAAGCGGCAGCACCUCCAACUCCACAACAAAACUAAAUUCCACCCCCUCCUCCUCUACCACUCCCUCCAAAUUGGCUACAUCUGGAUUUCUGUUGAACAACAAAGUUAGCAGCCGUUUGGCUGAUUUGGAAGCAGAAUUAGAACUAACCAAACCCAGUACUGCCACGACAACAAAACUGAAAUCACCCUCUAAAGCUGGAGCAGAAUCAUCUGCCUCCAAACUUAGCAGUCCCUCCAAGACCUUGGAUCUAAAUUUCGAUAUUAGUUUGGAUUUGAAUUUGGAUAUACCAGCCUUGACAUUGCAGCAAAGUGAGAAUUUACAAAAAAUCAAGGAACUAUUACAGCAGGAGACGGCCACGACAGGAGGUUUGAAAGGUCACACUAAAAUUCCCUCGGUUAUCAUUGAAAAAUCCAAUUCCGCCGGGUCGGUGGCCAGCAAGCAAGUUAAGGUGAAAAAAUCCCCCAGUUUGGAUAGUAAUAAUAAGAAAAUUCCAGACUCCAGUUCCACGUUGGGCGCCACCCUACUCAAAGAAGAUCUGCCAAAGGAAAUCAACACAAAAAUCCAAAAGAAAUCGUCUAGCAAUGGGGGUAGUGGUGGUGUUGAGGCCCUUGCCGGCAAAAAAGUUUCCUCAACGAAAACCAAAGUUACACGCCAACAUCCGGUCGAGGAGGUUGUCAAUCAGCUACUAAAUACCUUAGAACCAUUUGAUAAAACUCUCGCAGAAUCUUCGCCACUGCUUACAUCUGUGGCCGAUAAAUCGAUUAGAAAAUCCGAUAAGAAUAAAGAUACAGGCAAUAGUAAUACGACGGUGAAUAAAAAACGAACCUCCUCCUCCUCUUCCCCCACAACAACAACACCAAAUCCCUCAUCGCCUCUCAGCAAUGGUGUGCUCGAGAGCCAAUUAUCGAAUACCAGUGCCACGAUCAUUACAGAACCUCUGAUAUCGACAGAUCUAAGGCAAAAAACAGCUGAACCACAAAAAACUCAAACGGAAUUGAAGGCAAGCGAAUCAUUAGACGCCAAUGCCAAUAGCACAAAUGCCAAUACCGUUAUAAAAUUAGAAAAAAGUGUCGGCAAAUCAACGAAAUCCACAACAAAAUCUUCCAAAACCAAGGAUUCCACAGUCACAUCCACAGCAGCAGCAGCACAUAAAUCAGCCAAAUCUGUCAGCGAAGAAUCCCGGGACAACUUAGAUACCGUAGACUCCACAAAAUCCACAACACCUCCAGCCAGUAGCAGUAGCAGCACCAUGAAUGGCAGCAGCAUCUUAACACCCACAAAACUUAAAUCGACACGGCCCUUGACCAAUGGCCAGGAAAAAGCCGUUCGCAGUCCCUUCCUGACUCGUGGUUCCGUUGCCGAACGUGUUCUCAUGUUUGAAAAAUGUCCCGAUGUGCGUAAUUCAUUUUUGAACAUCAAACGACCCGAUCCCGCCGAUGCUCCCCCGAAAUCGCUGCUCAAGGCCAAACUACAUGCCACACCACCGCCGCCUCCACCAGAUCAUACAUCACUCCAAAGGGAAAUUCGAUCGACCAAAAGCGUUUAUAUUCCCAGAUUCUAUUUCCCCCAUGGCAAACCCCAGCCCACAAUUGCUUUGGAGCGAACAUUGCGUGGCAUUUUGGCAGCGUUCGAUACAUUUCCCAAUAAUCAGGUGACACGCGAUGAACUGCCACGUAUUUUGAAGAUUUGUGGACUGCCAUUCUAUUGGCGUAUGCCGGUGAUGGUGUUCUGUCAGCAGGGCAAUUCGGGAUUGGUUGAACGACAGAGAUUUGUGGAGUUUUGGAAACAAAUGAAUGUCUAUUGCCACGAUGAGGCAUCUCGCUUUGUCUACAUUUUAUCCAGAGGCCAGCGUAUGCGUUCCUAUAUCCUGCCCGAAGAUUUGGCACCUUUGGUACAAGAUGUGGUGGACACACAUCCGGGUUUGGCCUUUUUGAAAGAGGCCACAGAAUUCCAUUCCAGAUAUGUGCACACGGUCAUAGCACGGAUAUUUUACAAUGUAAAUCGCAGCUGGUCGGGCAGAAUAACUAUAUCCGAGCUAAAGAAAUCUGAUUUGUUGGAGGUCAUUGGUCUCCUGGAGGAGGAGGACGACAUCAAUCAAAUUAUGGCCUAUUUCAGUUAUGAACACUUUUAUGUAAUCUACUGCAAAUUCUGGGAGUUGGAUAAGGAUCACGAUCUGCUCAUCAAUCAAGACGAUUUGGCCAGGCACAGUGAUCAUGCCCUUUCGACCCGUAUUGUGGAACGUAUCUUUUCGGGUUGUGUUACACGCAGUGAUAACAAAAAGAAUCCCGACGAUGAACCAAAAAUGUCCUAUUCAGAUUUUGUUUGGUUCCUUCUGUCCGAAGAGGAUAAACGCACACCCACCGCCAUUGAGUAUUGGUUCCGUUGCAUGGACAUCGAUGGGGAUGGUGUGAUUUCGAUGUAUGAACUGGAGUAUUUCUAUGAGGAGCAACAGCAGCGCAUGGAAUCGAUUGGUAUUGAAUCGCUGCCAUUUGAGGAUUGUUUGUGCCAGAUGCUGGAUAUGAUUAAGCCCAAGAGACGGGAUGCCAUAACAUUGGGUGAUUUGAAAAAUUGCAAAAUGACUCAUGUGUUCUUCGAUACCUUCUUUAAUUUGGAGAAAUAUUUGGAUCAUGAACAGCGUGAUCCAUUUGCCUCGCAGAGAGAUGAAUAUACAUCCGAUUGGGAUCGUUUUGCCGCCCAGGAAUAUGAACUACUAAUAACCGAGGAGAAUGAUUAAAACCUAUGGAAUACAUCUUAUUACCUUCCUUUACUCAAAAAGGGAAGCUUAUUAACUAAUUUAUAUACAUAUUUAUUAUAUUAUUAUAUAUUAUAAAAACAAAACACACA